AUGAGCGUCCGCGAUUACUCUCCAGAACUCGGUCUUCAUGAUGAUGAUUUUGUGGUUGAAAUCAGCGAUGUAGAGGAUGAAAAUGUUGAAGAAAAUAGAGAAGAAGAAGAAGUGGAGGUUCCAGCUAAAAAACCAAAGCUGUCUGCUGACCGCAAAAUUGCGGCUUCAUCGAACGGGGCAAACCAAGAUCAAGCUCCGCCAUCAGCCAGAACCAGAGCUGCUUCUACUCGCCCACCGAAGCAGCAAACUGCUCCAAAACGUCGACAAGCUCGUUCCGGCCGUCCAGCAAACAUUCAGUCGGCUCCACAAUCGGGAGCUCGUUCAAUUGAUUGGACGCAUAACCGAAAUGUUGAACGCGUCAGUUCACUUCCUCCGGUUCGCUCAAACAAAGAGGAUUCUAUUGGACCAAAAUGUAGAAGACGUAGUGUGUCCCCCACAAAAUCGGAAGUGACGGAUGAGCGGCUCUGCUUCCUUCGAGAGUAUAUGGCUCUUAAGGCCCUUACUAAAAAGGAAAUGGAAGAGUUUGACAAUGAAGGAUUCAUGCCGCCUCAUCGUAAAAUCUGCACACAUCCAGUUGUUGUCGGCGCGGCUGAAGCAAAAAAGGAAUAUGCGACCACUGGAAAAAAGGCUGAAAUUUUGGGUGAGCUAUUUCAUCACAUCUAUCCACAAUACACUCCUUUCUACCAACAUAUUGAUGUCCGUUGUUUUUCAGCUUUCAAAAAUGUUCUUCGAAUGAUGGCCGAACUUCGCUUGACUUCCAAAAAACAAACUCUUCUCAAAGCAUUGAAAGACGAGAAGGAAAAGGAGUUGGCAGCGUUGAAGGUCGACGAGGAAAUAAAUGAAGAAGCUAUGGAGACCGCAUGGCGUCAAUUUUGA